AUGACUUGCUUUUCAGCACAGCAUUGUUCAAAAUGAAGACCAUGUUGUCCUAUUUUUUAUUAAUUUCAAUUCCUGUAUUGAUAUCCUCUGAUUUCAUCAUAAGAGAAGUAGACCAUCAUAAGAAGAGGAGCAUAGUGGACCCCAGAACACAUCGGAGGGAGCUUGAAAUCUACAGCAUGAAGAUCGAUUCCAAAGUAACCUCACGGUUUGCUCACAAUGUGAUAAUUAGCCGGGUGGUAAAUCGAGCUGAUGCGUCCAGGGAGGCCUUCUUCGAGAUAGACCUACCCUCGACAGCCUUUAUCACCAACUUCAGCAUGACUCUGGAUGGAGUAACGUACGUGGGAGCUGUGAAGAAGAAAGAAGAGGCUGAGGAGCAGUACCAGCGUGCAGUUUCACAGGGACAGACAGCAGGGAUCGUAAAGAAAUCAGGAAGAAAAACAGAAAGGUUUGAAGUGUCAGUAAAUAUUGGACCAACCAAAAAAGUCACAUUUGAACUGAUUUAUGAAGAAUUAUUGAAACGUAACCUGGGAAAAUAUGAAAUGAACAUCCAAGUGAAACCCAAGCAGCUUGUUAAUCACUUCCAGAUUGAUAUACAUAUUUUUGAACCACAAGGCAUUUCCUUUGUGGAUGUUGAUUCCAAUUUCCUAAUAAAUAAUCUGACUUCUCUCGUGGAGAAGACUGUGAGAGGAACAAAGGCACACGUCUCCUUCAAACCAACACUUGAGCAACAGCGCAAGUGCCCUGAUUGUCAGGACACGGUUCUGGAUGGAAACUUGAUCAUACGUUAUGACGUCAAUAGAGAUCUGUCUGCCGGCAGCAUUCAGAUUGUUAAUGGAUAUUUUGUACACCAUUUUGCUCCUGCUGAAUUAACCAGGAUUCCAAAGAAUGUUGUAUUUGUGAUAGACCACAGUGGAUCCAUGUCAGGAACUAAAAUGCAACAGACAAAUGAAGCACUUCUAAAGAUACUGGAUGACAUGGCUGAAAUAGAUCAUUUUGCCAUUAUUAUAUUUGAUCAUUCUUAUGAAACAUGGAGGAAUUCCCUGUUUCAAGCAAGUCAAGAAAAUGUGGCCGCAGCAAAAAUGUACGUGCAAACAAUUAUGGCCCAUGGAGGAACAAACAUAAAUGAUCCCAUGCUGGAGGCAGUCAGACUUCUGGACAGGGCUCAUCAGAAAAAGCAGCUGCCUGAGAGAAGCGUCUCCAUGAUUAUUUUGUUAACUGAUGGGGAUCCAAAUACUGGGGAAUCAAAUCCCACAAGAAUCCAGAAAAAUGUUAAAAAUGUUGUAAAAGGGAGGUACAAUGUGUAUGCACUUGGCUUUGGUUAUGAUGUUAAAUUCAGCUUUCUGGAGAAAUUGGCUCUGGGUAAUAAUGGAAUAGCACGGCGGAUUUAUGAGGAUUCAGAUGCUACCUUACAGCUCCAGGGUUUUUAUGAUGAAGUGGCAAACCCCUUACUUCUGGAUAUUGAAUUGCAAUACCCAGGGAAUGCUAUUUCAGAAUUAACUCAAACUAGUUUCAGACAGUAUUACAAUGGGUCUGAAAUUGUUGUGUGUGGCAGGAUUUCAGACAGUUCCCUGGAAACACUCACAACAGACAUUGUGGCUCAGACCGGCAAUGAAAAACUGACUUUAAAAGCUGGCGUGAAUAUCUCGGAGGCUGAGAAUAUUAUUCAACAACAGCAAUACAUUUUUGGUGACUUUACUGAGCGUCUAUGGGCUUACCUGACCAUACAGCAACUCCUAGACCAGCGGAUUUCUUCAAGUAAAGGCAAAUCAAAGAAGCUAACAGAGAGAAUCCUGGAACUUUCACUGAAGUACAGUUUUGUUACACCACUAACAUCAAUGCUUGUCACAAAACCGGAGGAUUCAGGGAAUGAAACACUUGUGGUUGACAAACCAUCAGAUAGUGAAGUGAUCCAGCCAGAAAGACAACUCAUGACCAGAAGAGGAAAAGCAAGUAAAUUCCAAGCUAGAAGUUCAACUAUAGUUCAUCCACCAAGUCUAGCCAAGAGUUCCAGGCUCUCGCAUCCAAGAGGAUUUUACCCUGGAUCUAGAGCUUUUGGUCCUGCAUUUUUUCCUGUUGAUCUCCAUGAACCGCCAACAGCCGAUGUUGAUUACGAUGAACCGCCAAUAUUCCAUGUUGAUCUCGAUGAACCGCCAAUAGCCGAUGUUCGUGUCACUGAAUCGCCAAUAAUCACUGAAGCACCCAUUUUUAUACAAGUUGAAAUCAGUCCUACAAUGGUUGACAGUGAGCUUCAUUUCAUCACAACAGUCAAUAAUCAUAAAGAUGCUGUUUGUUUCAACAUUGAUGGGAAACCAGGUGCUAUCCUAAAUCUGCUCGCUGAUCCAUAUACAGGGUUCAUGGUAAACGGCCAGCUGAUAGGAGAAAAGACAAUAGAAAAGAACAAGAAAAUAAACACAUAUUUUGGAAAGUUUGGACUAGUGAACAACAAGACAGAUCUAAAAGUUGAAGUAUCGACUCAAGAGAUUACAGUCUUACAUGGAGAAGGCAAGAUGAUUUUCCCAUGGUCGACAACAGCAUCUUUUAUAAGUCAGAGCUUCUCAAUCUCAGUUGCGGAAGAAAGAAGUCUUACAUUGUCAAUGGGAGAGAAUGUAACAUUUGUUAUUUCACUGCAUCGUGGCCGGAAACACCUUCCUCGACAGAGAGACGUUCUGCAAUUUUAUACACUUGGCAGCCACAGUCUCUCAGAUAUGACCCAUGGAUUACUUGGACAAUUUUACCAUGACGUGAAUGCUGAGAUCAAUAAUAUUCGCCCUGGCUUAGAACAAGGCAAAUCUGAUGCAACAAUGAUUGUAAAGGGUCACAAUCUCAGAGUCACAAGGGGGUACCAGAAGGAUUACAGAUUUGAUACAAGAGGAGGUAACAAUAUUUCGUGCUGGUUUGUUCACGACAACGGAAAAGGAUUUAUUGAUGGAACUCCUGAUGACUACAUUGUCUCUUCAUUAUUUGGACCGCUUUAUCCAUUACCUGAGACAAAAUGGUGAAAAUCAAUUCCUUUAAUAUCUGUGGCAAUGACUUUAAUGUUUAAUUAUUUUCUAUGUAUUAGUAUAUAGAGAUUAAAAACUUAUUUGUAUGUUAUUAUCAAAAGAAUUUUUUUCCUAAAUCAGAUUUACAUUAUGCAAAGAUUAAAAAUGAGCACCAAAGUUAAUUCAGUGAAUAAAAAUAAAUAAUUCUGGUGUCAGUUUCAUCUACAGAAGCAACAGUACCUUCCAAUAGUAAUACCAGAAGUAUUAUAGGUUACCUUCCAGGACCAGCUAAGGAAAGACGAAUUCUGACAAGUUUCCUGGUUUCACCAAGAAUGUCAGAAUGAUUUUAAUCUAGUGAUACCUGAGACACUGAGGAUGGCAGAUGCCAGGAAGAAGAGUUCCAGUGCUGAUAACAACUGUCGGGCAAAGUGGUCCAGAUUAGAUAAUGUGCUGUACAUUGUCAUGAAGAAAGAACAGUCUCAAGGGAGAAGUGAUAUUGACUGUUGCUGUAACAUGAAUCUAAAUUUGUCAUGAUGAAGUGUCUAAAAGAGUUGGUUUGUAAUGUACCAACAGAAGAUAGACCCAAUGACAUUUAUGAGAGUUGAUUGAACUUAAUUGAUGAUGGUUUUUAGUGUUCAACUAGGGUCCUCUAUGGAAAACUGAAUGAAGUGCUUGAUUUAUGUAUCUUCUGUAGAGUCAUAGAGCUUUACAGCACAGAUACAGCCUCUUCAGUCCAACAAGACCAUGCUAACUACUGUGCCCACACUGCUAGUACCAAAUUCCUGUAUACACCCCAUAAACCUCGGAGCUCCACCCCACCUAACCAAGAGCUUCUUAAGUGAUUACUUUGUACCUUCAAGCACUUCCUUUAACCACUCAUUGCAUGUACUCAUCACUCUCUGUGUGAAAAAGUUUCCCCUCAGUUCCCUUUAAAACCUUUCAUCUCUCACCAUAAAUCUAUGCCCUCUAUUUUUAGCUUCCCCUGCCUGGGUAAAGGACUGUUACUGUCAAGAUUAUUGAUGCCUCUCAUACUUUUAAACAUUUCCAUAAGAUUACCUCUCUUUCUCCUAUGUUCCAUGGAAUAAAGACCUAGGUUGGCCAACCUCUACCUAUAACUCAGACCCUCAAGCAUGAUAACAUCCUCUGCAUGCUUUCCAGUUUAACCACACCUUUCCUGUAGCAGUGUGACCAAAACUAUAAACAGCACUCCAACUGUGUCCGCAUCAGUGAUUUAUUCAACUGCAAUGUAAUAUCCCUGACUGAUAGUAAACACACUUUUCACCACCCUGUCUACCUGUGAUGCUGCUUUCAAUGAACUAUGCACUUCUAGCCCCAAGUCCCAAUAUUUUAUUACAGUACCUAGUGCCCAAUCAUUCAUAGCACAAGUCCUACGCUGGUGUGACUUUCCAGAAUUCAUUACCUCAUCUGUAUUGAAAUCCAUUUGCCACUCUUCGACUUCCCUAAGACCCUCUUAUUCGAUAAUAAAUUUCUUAACUAUCAACAGCACCUCUUAAUUUCAUGUCAUCUGCUGCAAAACCCGAUCCAUUCACAACCAGAUCAUUUAUAUAAAUAACGAGUGGUGGAUUAGUAAUGUGCCACAGGGUUCCAAAACCAGUCCCUGUGGCACACCACUGGUCACUGACUUCUGUUCCAAAAAACAGACUUCAACUACCACCCUCUACUUCCCACCUCUCAGUCAAUUUUAAAUCCACCUACUUAGCUCUCUCUGGAUUCCACAGCACCCAAUCUUCCAAACCAGCCUACCACACACAAUAUUGUUGAAGGCCUCGCUAAGGUCAAAAUAGACAACAUCACUGCCCCACCCUUACCCACCAUUUUGCUACAUCUUCAAAAAGCUCUAAAAAGCUCUUCAAGCAUGACUUUCCAUGCGCAAAGCCAUACUGAAUGCUCGCAGUCAUACUCUGUCUAACCUAAUGCUGGUAGACCCUGUCCUUCAGAAUUCCCUCCAGGAACUUCCCAGUACAGAUAUCAGGCUGACUAGCUCGUAGUUCCCUAGCUUGCCCUUGCUAACUUUUUUAAACAAUAAAAUAAUAUUAGCCACUUUCCUGUAUCUGGGAACUUCACAACUAGCUAAUAAUAAAACCAAUAUUUCUGCAACAACCACUACAAUUUCCUCUCUUGCCUCUCACAAAGUCGUACAUGUGCUCUGUCAGGCCCUGGAGAUUCAUCCACCUUAAUUUACUGUAAGGCAUUAAAUACCUCUUCGUUGGUAAUAUGAAUGUCCUCCAAAACAUCUCACUUGUUACCCUAAUCUCUCAAGAAACUCUGAUUAACACUGAGAAUUAUUCAUUAAUCCCACUCAUCUUCUGAAGCUCUAGAAAUAGACAGCCCUGUAGACCUCCAUCCUCCUUUUAACUCUUAAUAUCGCCUAAACAGGAUAUUUAACUUGAUUAUGCUAAUGAAAUUACUAUAAACAUUUUUAAAUAAAGAGUACAAUUACUUGAAAUAUAUUCCAGAUAUUAUGUAUUAAUAUGCAUUUUAUGUACAUAAA